AUGAUGAACAGUAUUGUCCUUCAUAGCAGCGCCUCGUCCUUGAGACGGCGGCCUACAGAAUACAAAGCUGAAAUUAUCCAUUUCUAUACCUUGACUUAUCAAGACCUCCGCCAGAAAGACACGUUAAGACUAUCAAUUGAUCAAUUGGAAAGGAAUCUUGUUCCGGGAGAAGCAGCUGCCGACGAAGAAGUACCGAGUAAUGGUUCAACAGUUACAGCGAAAGCCCGGAUACAAAAAUGCGCGACAGCAGAACUAUCCAUUGUUGAAAGCGCACCUACCGAAAUCAUCAACAAGAUAUUGAACAAUCUCCUCGAAGAAGACUUUCCUGAUAUCUGCUCAGCUCUUUGUUUCGGCCUGACUUCCCGCAGAAAUUGGACAAUACUUCGUAACCUGGACCAUACAAGCUACCUCAAAGAACAUAUGGACCAUAUUCCGAGUAUUAUCGAUUUCAAAUACGACAAGAUUCCAUUGUUCAAUCCUUACCAUGAGAAAGCUGGGUCAAACUCUGUCGUUGAAGAAAUUAAUGAGAAUGAAUUUACUUUCAAACACCAGAGCUUUCACCAUCUCUUCCCCCGUUUCUUUAAAUCAUCGCCUAUUGUCAAGCGUUCUCUUAGCCCUUCUCAACGCAAGCAAAUCGUGUUAUUUAAGGAGUGGAUGGGCCCCAAAUAUCGUCCUCCAACUUCUUUGCUCAUCCCUUGCUAUCUCUCUUGUGCUGUAUAUGGGGAAUCGGAUGAAGAAAGUAUUGAAGAAGAAAUUCUUGAGGGUAGAUUCUAUGAUUUCAUAAUGGCUCAAGCAAUGAUGUGCAAUUCCCGAAACCCCUUUGGACUAGGUGAUAUAUGGGAUGCUGUAGUUAACUCGAAUUGGGACUACUAG